AUGACUAUGGAUCUUACCGCCGAAGAUGACGAUCUGUUAAGCUAUUUUCUUUCGGCUGAUGUGGCGAGUGAGGAGAUGCCGGAAGUUUUUUCAAAUGCAUCGCUCAAUGGCGCCGCUACAUCUGAGCAGUUCAUAUUAGGCCAGACUGUACCUUUAGCGACCGAGCGGACGUUCGGUAGCGAGCUUAUGCCUCCCGCGGUACCUAACACCAGCUCUUCUUCUAUAUCUUCCUUUCAACAACCACCCGAAAUCUUUGCAGAGAAAUCCAUGAUGCAACCGACUGUGAACGACGAUGAUUCAUCGUCUAAUCCCGGAGUGCUGAACUCAAAUGAGAAGCGUCAGCGGCGCUUGGCCAGGAAUCGCGAGUCAGCACGUCAAAGUCGUCGCCGUAAGAAGCAGUACCUCGAGCUUUUAGAGGAAAAGGUAUCUCAACUAACAGAAAGCAUUGACACGACACGUGCAGCACAUUUAGAGCAUGCAGAUGAGGCGCUGAACCAAGUACGCUCGAAAAUUCUUCAAAGUCUUGCAGAGGACAGGAAGCAAGGCGGAUCGGAAGAGUCGAUACAAGAAAAAAUUCGACAAGGAAUAAAAUUGAUUCACGAGCGGUUUGGACCGAACAGUAUGGAACGGCUUGCGGUGAAAGACUAUAAUUUUCGUCAGCUUGACAACUUGUUACUGCCUCCGUACUGUCGGUUUCUAUUAUGGCUCAGCAUUCAGGACGAGUCUUUUUUUGACGAAGCUGACGGCGUUGGAUCAAAAAAUGCUGGAGAUGCACCAGAGAAGAAAAAUAUGCCAAACGUAGUGAAGAAGGACACGCUUUGGUCAACUUUGACAAAUGAUCUUGCCCUUACAUAUGAGCAAGAUGAAAAAUUGAAGUCUCUUUACAAAUUGGGUGACACUAAGAGUAGCAAGUCGGAACGUCGAAGGAUAGCAAUGGCAGUGACAUAUCUAAGCAAAUUAAAGAAGAGCCUGGAGCAGCGUGCAGAGGCCGUCCAGCAACAAACGGAAAAGCUUCACUCUAUACUGACCCCAGAACAAUCACUAACAUAUAUGCAGUGGGUUGACGCCAAUCAAGACCGAUUGCCAAACUUUGUGGAAAAGACGCUCUCGGUACCCAAUACAGAUGCGUCUGAUGCUGUGCGCGCUAUUUUGAAGAAGAAUGAUCGUGAUCUUACUGUAGAAGACGUAACUGCACUACUCGGAGAGCUGUAA